CGGCAAACCUCGCUUUGCCAUUCAUAUGCGACAUUCAGUUGAUCACACCACUGAAGAAAGUUUUAAUGGAUACACCAAGUGAGGAACAAAUUGCCAUUUGGGAGAGAGAAUAUUCCCCCAGCGAGUGGAGUAAGCGGUUUCCAACGGCCGAAGAAGUUAUUCAGUACCACUUAAAAUUCGUCAAGGAAGUUAGUACCAACAACCGACAGGAACUGAAAUGCACUCUGAAUGUGGAAUAUGGCUGUGGAAAGCACGAAAAAAAUGAUAUUUACGGAGAUGAUUUACCGCAAAAUGCCCCACUUUUCGUUUACAUUCAUGGUGGUUAUUGGCAGAUGUUGUCUAAAGAAGAGUCCGCCUACUGUGCGAAACCCCUGGUAAAGAGCGGAUACCGAGUGAUGAUCGUGGACUACGACCUAUGUCCUGAGGUAACCCUGGAUCAGUUGGUCAAACAGAUCAAGCGUGCUGGCAUGUUUGUACUGAAAUAUGCUGCAACCAAUGACGUCAAUUACAUUUCAUUUGCGGGUCAUUCGGCAGGCGCACAUCUGAUAGCUGCGAUGAUGGACAGCGAUUUUGUCGAGACCGCUGGAAGCGACAUUAGGUUGAUAAAAGAUCUUUAUCUUAUCUCCGGUGUGUACGUGCUGGAAGAACUGCGCUACACUAAGGCCGUUAAUGCAAACAAUUUACUAGGUUUGGAUCAGUCAAAAGCGAUAAACUUGUCACCUUUGCACUUACAAUAUACCCAUCUUGCGGGUUUGAAUCUGAGACUACACUUCUAUGUUGCGGAAAAUGAUAGCGCUAAGUUCAAACAGAUGACAGGGAAUAUGUGCAUACACAUGCAGAACUGCGGGAUUGGAUACACGCUGGCACAACUUCCUGGUUUAGAUCACUUCGAUAUAGUCGAGAAACUGUCAGAAGAGAAUUUCAUUAUAACUCGUGAGAUAUUGGAGCAACGAUCCUAAUCCUCUUAUUAGUGCAUGACUGCCGCAGUGUCUGUCUGCUAGAAAAAAGAAUAUACAAACAAAGCUUGACUGUUCAUUAUUUUUAAUUUUGCAAUAACGUUUUCGUUUAAUUUGCGUAAGCUUGAUGAGCACCGAUGACCAGGAAAGGGUUUACAGCAUUUGGGCUUGGUGUAUUUCAUUUUCACUUUAUUCAUCUUCACAAAAUGCAAACUGAUACUAACACAUCUGGAGUAGUGCAAUCGUAUUUAUAUACGAAAACAGAUAUUAUAGGUAACCCAGUAGUUAUAGGUUGCGUACUUUACAAACAGUUAUUAUUAGUAAACAAGUAGGUAGUGUUGCACAACAAACAUAUUUUUUCUAUAAAAGAUCCGGCAAGGGGGAACGUGUAGGUAGCCUAAGCUUUAGCGCUUGAGUUAUUUAUCCAAUCGUUUUGUUGUCAAAAAAUGAAUUGUAUAUUUUUGAUCAAGCAUUCCAAUGAACGUAUGGUUUUUGCUGGAGAACCAUGG